AUGGCUCCAGGCGGCGGUGGAAAUAUUAAGGUGGUGGUGCGGGUGCGGCCUUUCAAUAGUCGAGAGAUCGAGCGAGGCGCAAAAUGUAUUGUGUCGAUGAAAGGAAACCAGACCGUACUCACUCCUCCACCCGGCGCAGAAGAUAAAUCACGGAAGGGUGGGAAGGGCGCUGUUGAAGGGAACAAGGUUUUCGCCUUUGACCGAUCAUAUUGGUCGUUUGAUAAGAGUUCAUCAAACUACGCCGACCAAAAUGACCUCUUCGACGACCUAGGUUCUCCGCUUCUGGACAAUGCCUUUGGGGGUUACAACAAUUGUAUCUUCGCUUAUGGCCAGACCGGUUCAGGAAAAUCUUACUCCAUGAUGGGUUAUGGCAAAGAAUACGGUGUCACUCCACGGAUUUGCCGGUCAAUGUUUGAGCGUAUAAAUGCAAUUCAGGAGGACAAGUGUUUGAAUUGCACCGUUGAGGUGUCAUACCUCGAAAUCUAUAACGAGCGGGUACGAGAUUUGCUCAACCCGUCAAACAAAGGCAAUCUGAAAGUACGUGAACAUCCGUCAACGGGUCCAUAUGUCGAGGAUCUGGCCAAACUUGUCGUCGGAUCUUUCGAAGAAAUUGAGAACCUGAUGGACGAGGGUAACAAAGCCCGAACGGUAGCCGCGACCAACAUGAACGAAACCUCAAGUCGAUCACAUGCCGUUUUUACCUUGACUCUGACGCAAAAGAGACACGAUAAAGAGACUUCGAUGGAUACCGAGAAGGUGUCGAAAAUCAGUUUGGUUGAUUUGGCUGGUUCAGAAAGAGCUAACUCGACUGGAGCCACCGGCGCACGAUUGAAGGAAGGUGCGGAGAUCAAUCGCUCGUUGUCAACACUUGGUCGUGUGAUUGCUGCGCUUGCUGAUGUCUCUGCUGGUAAGACUGCUGCCGGCAAGAAGAAGAAUGCAUCCAUGGUACCAUAUCGUGAUUCAAUUCUGACAUGGUUGCUGAAGGAUUCUCUGGGUGGAAAUUCCAUGACUUCCAUGAUCGCAGCAAUCUCUCCUGCAGAUAUUAACUUUGACGAAACUCUUGGUACUCUGCGGUACGCCGAUUCAGCGAAACGAAUCAAGAACCAUGCUGUUGUGAACGAAGAUCCAAAUGCACGCAUGAUUCGCGAACUCAAAGAGGAGCUGGCACAGCUCCGAGCAAAACUUGGAGGCGGAGUCGCACCGGGAGGAGCAGCUGGCGCCAUAGGUGGAGUCCCCCAGGAGUACUAUCCUCCAGAUACACCACUGGAGAAACAGAUGGUCUCCAUCCAACAGCCGGAUGGAACCGUCACCCAGGUCAGCAAAGCGGAGAUUGUAGAACAGCUGAACCAGAGCGAGAAGCUCUACAAAGACCUUAACCAGACUUGGGAGGAGAAGCUGCAGAAUACAGAGCUUAUCCACAAGGAACGUGAAGCAGCUUUAGAAGAAUUGGGAAUUAACAUUGAAAAGGGCUUCAUUGGAAUGAGCACGCCAAAGAAGAUGCCUCAUUUGGUCAACCUCAGCGACGAUCCCCUUCUUGCGGAAUGUUUGGUUUACAAUAUCAAACCCGGCACCACCACGGUUGGCCAUGUGGAUCAAAAUCAAACUGUUGAGAUCCGAUUGAACGGGUCCAAGAUCCUUGAGAAGCACUGCACUUUUGAGAAUGCGGAUAAUGUUGUGACUAUUGUCCCCGCCGAAGGUGCUGCUAUUAUGGUGAACGGUAUGCGAGUUGAUAAGCCUACUCGACUCAAGAGUGGUUUCCGAAUUAUCCUUGGUGAUUUUCAUAUUUUCCGUUUCAAUCAUCCCCAAGAAGCCAGAGCUGAACGGGUCGAGCAGAGUUUACUCCGCCAUUCAGUCACUACAAGCCAGCUUGGAUCGCCGGCGCCAAAUAAAACCCAUGAUCGAAAUCUGAGCAAGACAGGAUCUGACAUGGAUGGCGAUUCAACCAGGGCAGAUUCACCCAUGCCUUCACAGCGUAGCCGUGAGACAGACUGGUUCUUAGCACGCAGAGAAGCUGUCAAUGCUAUGGUUGGACCUGAUCAGAUUUCUAAUUUGCCUGACGAUGAACUGGAUACACUUCUAGAGGAUGUACAGAAGGUUCGAGCUGAACGGCGUGGACUUCCGGAAGAGGAAGAUUCCGACUCUAUAAGCUCCUUCCCGAUUAGAGACAAGUAUAUGUCCAACGGUACCCUCGACAACUUUUCUCUAGACACUGCUAUAACCAUGCCAAGCACGCCCCGACAGAAUGACGAUGAUGAAAUCAAUGGCGUCGCAUCACUCAAUCAGGCUCGUCAAGAUAUGCAGCGGCAGCUGGAUCGUCGCAAGGAAGAGUUCCAAGAAAAACUCAAGACCGUGGGGGCUUCGUCUGAUCCAGACUCACCCGAGCUACGCACUGAGAAAGAGCGAAUGGAGUACGCACUGCGGACAGCUAAGGAAGAAUUCGAAGAGCAACUGCGCAAACAAAAGGAGACAUUUGAAAGCCACAUCCGAGAUAUGGGUAAGCCAGUUCCUCAAAUCUUCGAGAAUGGGUUCGCCAAGUUGGAUGAACGUGAACUUGAGGUCGCACGCUCAGUGUACAGGCACUGGUCCCAGCGAAAUUACGUCCGAAUGGCGGAGAAGAUUUUGCAACAUGCCUCUCUUCUGAAAGAAGCACAAAUUAUGAGCCAUAUCAUGGACAAGCAUGUGGUUUUCCAAUUUGCCAUUGUCGACCAUGGUCACAAUAUGGAGUCAUCUUAUGAUCUUGUGCUGAACGGAAUUUCCGGCGAUGAAGACAUCCUGCUUGAUGAGGCCAAGAAGCCCUGUGUCGGUGUUCGAGUUAUCGACUUCAAACAGUCCGUGAUUCACUUGUGGUCGAUUGAAAAGCUCCAGCGCCGCGUUCAAGCCAUGCGGCAAUUACACCAAUAUAUUGACCGUCCCGACUACAUCCAACAUUUCAAACUUGAUAAUCCAUUCUCUGAACCUUGCUCACCCCAGUAUUCUCUUAUCGGUGAUGCCGACAUUCCACUAACGGCUGUUUUUGAAACCCGUGUCCAAGACUUUUCCGUUGAGAUAACCUCGCCAUACACCCAGAGUGUCAUCGGAAUCGUUCGCCUCUCCCUCGAACCAUCCUCUGCGCAGGCGCCCUCUUCAACCCUGAAAUUUAAUGUUGUCAUGCGGGACAUGAUUGGGUUCGCAGAGUGGGAAGGAACUGAUGUACAUGCGCAGUUAUUUGUGCCAGGUAUCUCAGAGGAAGGAGGCGCAACUACAACUCAGAUGAUCAAAGGAUUUGAGGAAGGACCGGUUCGAUUUGAGAGUGUGCACAGCAUGAGCUUACCGCUGUCAAGUCCACGGACAGCUGCAUUGAAAGUCUGUGUUUAUGCUGGUGUGACAUCGGUUCAUCUUGACAAGCUUCUUAGUUGGGACGAUAUGCGUGACUCAGCGGAGCCUUUACCGCAGAAACGAACUGCUCCUCGAAUCCCAGAAUCAGAAUUUUACUCAGAAGAACGUCAUGAUGUCUUUGCGAGGAUUCAAAUACUCGAAAUGGCAGAAUCUGGUGAAUACCUCCCCGUGGAGGUUGUUCAGAGCAGCAGUCUCGAUGCCGGGACAUCCCAGCUUCAUCAAGGAUUGCAGCGCCGCAUAUCGGUCAACAUUACGUACAGUUCAACAGAAAGUCUUCCAUGGGAUGAUAUCAACAACAUCCGCGUUGGUUCUGUCCGCCUCCUCGAUCCCUGGGGCAAGAUCCCAGAUCAGGACUUCCAGACUCCUGAUGUCCCCUUGAAGUUUGUUCAAGAACCCACGGUCAGGGAUAAUGCCGAUGGAACCUCUCAUGUCACAAUUGUCGGCCAGUGGGACUCAAGUUUACAUGGCUCUCUGUUGCUUGACCGAGUGACGGCAGAAAAAUAUCGGGUCCAAGUGACUGUCCGUUGGGAUCUUGUAUCCAGUCGUUUACAGAACCCAGUUGUUUUCGAGGCAGAUCAGACAAUUCAGAUACAAGGCCGUACCUACGUCCGCCAGCAGUCGAUGUUCAAGCAAUUCUGGAACUCGAUUCGUGUUGUACACUCGACGACUCGCAUGUACUCAUUAGUUAUUCGGCCCAUUUCAGCUAAGCGCGCUGCUGAUCUAUGGCGUAUGAACACCCAAAAUGACUAUGUGAAAGGCGAGGAACUUUUAAACACUUGGGCUCCUCGAAAAGUUUCUCUGGUACGAGACUACAUUGCCAACCGCAAGCGCCGGCAGCGUGCCGCAGAACUUCAUGCUGCCCGAGGUGCUCUCAGCGCGGGUUGUCUCAUUCCAUCGCUACCUCGUACUGGAAGGUCAACUCCAAUGCGUGGCGCCGAUCUGAAUGAACGCAAAUCCAAGCUUCUACGGAAGUAUCUUGAGCUGUGGUCGCUCAAGCAGGACCCAACAGAGGCAAUCCUUGUCCGAAGUAAUACCGAACCCCCUUCAGACGGAGCGGCGCACAUACAAAACUCGGAUACCAACGGCCUCUCUGACAAACUUUCCCUCAAGCCUCGCUUCAUAGCCACCAUCCAAACACUUCCCAAAGCCCCCGACGCCUUAAAAACGGGCUACGUUCUUACGCCCGAUGAUACCAACAACGUUUGGGUGCGUCGUUUCGUGGAGCUCCGCCGGCCGUACCUCCACAUCUACUCGGUCCCAGAGGGAGACGAGAUCAACGCUAUCAACCUCCGUAAUGCGCGUGUCGACCAUGCGCCCGACUUCGCAAGACUGCUAGACGGCUCAGGAGCUGGAUCCGACCGUUCGCUGUCUGCUAAGGGACGGCCUAAUGUGUUCGCGGUCUAUGGAACCCAGAACACCUUCCUCUUCGCCACUCGAACUGAGGCACAAAAGGUGGAAUGGAUCUUGAAGAUAGACGAGAGCUACUUCAACAGCAACAGCCCCCGAGCUCCCGCAAAUGGCGUCUAA